GCCGCCCGGGACCCGGCGAGGGGCGGGGGCAGCCCCGAGCCCGCUCCCGAUCGCCGGCCGCCGUCUCACGACCCCCCCCCCCCCGGGAAGGUCGCCCCCGUGCCCUCCGCGGAGCUGCCCGGGGAGCCCCGCCGCGACGAGGGUUUCCCCCACAGCCCCAGCUGGUGUGGCCAGGCCCCAAAGGUAGGAUGGGGCUUCCCCUACGAGGGCCGGUGGCAGCCAGAGCUGAUACAGCCCCCCUGGUCUGGGGCCAGGACGCCAGCUGAGGAGGGUGAGAGUCUUGGGAAGCAUGGCUGGGGCCUCAGUAAAAGUGGCAGUGAGGGUUCGGCCCUUCAACGCCAGGGAGACCAGCCAGGAUGCCAAGUGUGUGGUCAGCAUGCAGGGCAGCACCACCUCCAUCACCAAUCCCAAACAGAGUAAGGAUGCCCCGAAAAGCUUCACCUUCGACUACUCAUACUGGUCACACACCUCGGCCGAGGACCCCCAGUUUGCAUCUCAGCAGCAGGUGUACCGAGACAUUGGAGAAGAGAUGUUGCUUCACGCCUUCGAAGGCUACAACGUGUGCAUUUUUGCAUAUGGGCAGACUGGGGCCGGGAAGUCGUACACCAUGAUGGGGCGGCAGGAGCCGGGGCAGCAAGGGAUUGUGCCCCAGCUCUGCGAGGACCUCUUCUCUCGCGUUAAUAAGAACGAGAGCCCUCAACUCUCCUAUUCUGUGGAGGUGAGCUACAUGGAGAUCUAUUGUGAGCGGGUGCGAGACCUCCUGAACCCCAAGAGUCGGGGCUCUCUGCGGGUCCGGGAGCACCCCAUCCUGGGCCCCUACGUGCAGGACCUGUCCAAGCUGGCUGUGACCUCCUACGCGGACAUUGCUGACCUCAUGGAUUGUGGAAACAAGGCUCGGACGGUGGCCGCCACCAACAUGAACGAGACCAGCAGCCGCUCCCACGCUGUCUUCACUAUCGUCUUCACGCAGCGCUGCCACGACCAGCUCACUGGGCUGGACUCGGAGAAGGUCAGCAAGAUCAGCUUGGUGGACCUCGCUGGCAGCGAGCGGGCCGAUUCCUCCGGGGCCCGGGGCAUGCGCCUGAAGGAAGGUGCAAACAUCAAUAAGUCCUUGACGACCCUUGGGAAGGUGAUCUCGGCCCUGGCGGAUCUGCAAUCGAAGAAGCGGAAGUCGGAUUUUAUUCCCUACAGGGACUCUGUGCUCACCUGGCUGCUCAAGGAGAAUCUGGGUGGGAACUCACGCACGGCCAUGAUCGCGGCGCUCAGUCCCGCAGACAUCAACUAUGAGGAGACACUCAGCACCCUCAGGUACGCCGACCGCACCAAGCAGAUCCGCUGUAACGCGGUCAUCAACGAGGACCCCAAUGCACGGCUGAUCCGAGAGCUGCAGGAGGAGGUGGCCCGACUGCGGGAGCUGCUGCUGGCCCAGGGGCUGUCGGCCUCAGCUCUGGGAGGCCUGAAGGCGGACGAGGGGGGUUCCGGAGGUGCCCUGCCAGCUGUAUCGUCCCCUCCUGCCCCGGCUUCCCCCUCACAUCCCCCUGCACACAACGGCGAGCUGGAGCCAUCGUUCUCCCCCAGUGCUGAGCCCCAGAUUGGGCCCGAGGAGGCCAUGGAGAGGCUGCAGGAGACGGAAAAGAUCAUCGCGGAGCUCAAUGAGACCUGGGAGGAGAAGCUACGCAAGACUGAGGCCCUGAGGAUGGAGAGAGAAGCGUUACUGGCCGAGAUGGGGGUGGCUGUCCGGGAGGACGGGGGAACUGUGGGCGUCUUCUCUCCAAAGAAGACCCCCCACCUGGUGAACCUGAAUGAGGACCCUCUCAUGUCCGAGUGUCUGCUCUACCACAUCAAAGACGGCAUCACCAGGGUCGGCCAGGUGGACGUGGACAUCAAGCUGACCGGACAGUUCAUCCGGGAGCAGCACUGUGUGUUCCAGAGCGGCCCUCAGCCGGACGGAGAAGUGGUGGUCACCCUGGAGCCUUGUGAAGGAGCCGAGACCUAUGUCAAUGGGAGACUGGUGACCGAGCCCCUGGUGUUGAAGUCAGGGAAUAGGAUUGUGAUGGGCAAGAACCACGUUUUCCGCUUCAAUCACCCGGAGCAGGCACGGUUGGAGCGGGAGCGAGGGGUGCCCCCGCCCCCCGGGCCGCCCUCCGAGCCCGUGGACUGGAACUUCGCCCAGAAAGAACUGUUGGAGCAGCAGGGCAUUGACAUCAAGCUGGAGAUGGAGAAGAGGCUGCAGGACCUGGAGAACCAGUACCGGAAGGAGAAGGAGGAGGCGGAUCUUCUGCUGGAGCAGCAGCGACUGUAUGCUGACUCCGACAGUGGCGACGACUCAGACAAGCGCUCGUGCGAGGAGAGCUGGCGGCUCAUCUCCUCACUGCGGGAGCAGCUGCCCCCGACCACCGUGCAGACCAUCGUCAAGCGCUGCGGCCUGCCCAGCAGCGGCAAGCGCCGGGCCCCGCGCCGGGUCUACCAGAUCCCGCAGCGCCGGCGGCUGCAGGGCAAGGACCCGCGCUGGGCCACCAUGGCCGACCUGAAGAUGCAGGCGGUGAAGGAGAUCUGCUACGAGGUGGCCCUGGCCGACUUCCGCCAUGGGCGCGCUGAGAUCGAGGCCCUGGCCGCGCUCAAGAUGCGGGAGCUGUGCCGCACCUACGGCAAGCCCGAGGGCCCCGGGGAGGCCUGGAGGGCCGUGGCCCGCGACGUCUGGGACACGGUGGGCGAGGAGGAGGCCGGUGGCGGCGGUGGCGGCGAGGAGGGCGCGCGCGGGGCGGAGGUGGAGGACCUGCGCGCGCACAUCGACAAGCUCACGGGCAUCCUCCAGGAGGUGAAGCUGCAGAACAGCAGCAAGGAUCGCGAGCUGCAGGCGCUGCGGGACCGCAUGCUGCGCAUGGAGCGCGUCAUCCCGCUGACCCAGGAUAACGACGAUGAGAACGAAGAGGCCCGGGAAGCUGCCUGGGCCGCGCACCCGAGGACAGAGGCAGCAGAGGAGGAAGCCCCCGGCGAGCACGCACCCCUGGCCCCAGCGCGGCCCCCGUCGCCGCCCCUGUCCAGCUGGGAGAGGGUGUCACGGCUCAUGGAGGAGGACCCAGCGUUCCGCCGGGGUCGCCUGCGCUGGCUCAAGCAGGAGCAGUUGCGGCUACAGGGACUGCAGGGCGCGGGGGGCCGGGGCGGGGGGCUGCGCCGGCCCCCCGCCCGCUUUGUGCCCCCUCACGACUGCAAGCUGCGCUUCCCCUUCAAGAGCAACCCCCAGCACCGGGAGUCGUGGCCGGGGGCGGCGGCUGGGGAGGCCCCCGCGCCGCCCCAACCCCCUGAGGAGGUUGCAGCCCCUCUGGCUGCCCCUGCGCGCCGGCCUCCGAGUCCCCGGAGGUCCCACCGGCCCCGGAGGAACUCCCUGGACGGAGGCGGCCGGUCCCGGGGAGGCGGAUCUGCGCAGCCCGAACCGCAGCACUUCCAGCCCAAAAAGCACAACUAUUACCCCCAGCAGCCCCAACCGUACCCGGCGCAGCGGCCCCCGGGGCCCCGCUACCCUCCCUACACCACCCCCCCGCGCAUGAGGCGCCAGCGCUCAGCCCCUGACCUCAAAGAGAGCAGCGCAGCCGUGUGAGCCCCGGCAGGGCUGAGGGAGUAGGGGGGAGCCGAGCGGGGGGGGGGGGGAGGGGGUUGAGGAGCGGCGGCCGCCCCAGGAGCCCAGCGCAGGGAGGCGACAGGUGGGCGAGAAGGUCCGAGUAGGUGCUGGACGGUGUGGCAGAGGCUGGGCGGGAGGCUGGAGAGAGGAAGCUUGCACGAGUUGCCAGGAGCAAACCAAAGUGAAGGAAGAGGAUGGGCGCUGCCUCGGGGCGCCCCUCGCGUGUGUGUGUGUGGGGGGGGGGGGCGGUCCCACAAAUGCUGCUAGGGAUGGGGUGGGGGCCUGGGUGCUGCGUAGCCAGGGUUUUGACUUUCUUUUCAAGUGGGGCAAAGGGAAGAGGACCUAGGGUGAGGCAUGUCCUCUUCCGGGCCCCUGUCUGUCUGUCUGUCUUGUCUGUGGUGGGCUUCUGUUUCCAGGGAGGUGGGGCAUGGAUGGCAAGUCAUUACCCUCCCCUUCCAGGCCUCCUGCUAUAUUUGGGGGACCUGUCUGGGUUCUGGUUUGGCUGGGGUCCUGGGAGGAUGUGGGGCAUUCAAUAAAGGUAGCAAACGCA